GUGGCGUCAUCACCGCGCGCCGUGGGCGCCUUCAGGACAUCUGGGUUAUGGUGCAGGAUUAUCAUCUACAGUGACGGAACGGGUUCCCUGUGUGGCCCUGCGUGGCUCGGCCUCAGUUUCCCACCUAUCGAGUAAAGUUCUGCACGGCGGGUCUACGAGGUCUCUCCCACGCUAAGGUAGCGGCCGCAGGUUGGCGUUUCUUGGGUGCCGGCAGCAACCGGCCCCAACACAGGGCAGGGCCUACGUCGGGCCAGUGACUGUUUCCUCCUGCCAUCAAAGUGCUAAGAAAAAACAAUGCCUUUGGCUACUCUGCUUAGCCUCCUGAGGCACUGUGGUGUGAGAGCAGCCUUUCCUACACCCCGCCACCUACACACAUCCCCUUGGAGAGCUGACUGCAGCAGGGCUUCACUCACUCGACUGCGCCGCCAGGCCUAUGCUCGCCUCUACCCUGUGCUCUUGGUCAAGCAGGACGGCUCCACUAUCCAUAUCCGAUACCGGGAGCCACGACGCAUGCUGGCGAUGCCCCUAGACCUGGAUGCCCUGUCUCCAGAAGAGCGCAGGUCCCGGUUCCGAAAACGGGAAGCUCAGCUCCAGCAGAAGAGGGAAGAAGAGCCAGAGGUGGUGGACAGUUUUGACACUGAACGAUAUAAACAGUUUUGGACCAAGACCAAGAAAUAACUCUGUCAGGGAGUUCCACCAGGGACAUUUUGUAAGGAUGGAGGGCAUCUAUCUAUUUACCAUACGUUCUUGAAACCAUGA